CACGGGUCCAACUCUCACUACGGAUGACUAAAAAUGUAACAAUUGCAGCUAGUUAUUGGAGAGAUGCGGGUCUGCUAGCUGGCAACUGUCCAGGUACCAUCGAGCAAGCGCGGACAGUACGCUUUUGGUUACGGGGUGCCCAUGAACGCAUCGCCACCGUUCGACGACAGUCGCAGAUUACGGGGCGUACGGGAACGCAUCGCGGCCAUUGUAGGGAGGAGGAAGGGAAGGAGAGUCAUUCUGUUUUCUCCUUUCACCGUCAUCAGACUGGACGUCCACUGGCCUCAUUUUAGUGGUUUAACAUAAAGGUCCGGUACCGGACGACUCCUGAGUCCAGAAGACGCCGCUGUGGAGUUAUUAGCUCUUCUGUUUUGUCGCCGCACUACCGCCAGACACCGGCUACUUUCCAUUGGCCGCAUCCAGAAGCGGAGCUUCGAGAGGCUUUCUUCCUGACAAGGCCCCCGGUACAUCACUGGAAGUGUGGACGUGUUUUCGUGACAGUUCCAAAUCUAAUUCGACCUGUUAUUUUUUUUUAAUUAUUAAAAAAAAAAAAAAAGAAAAAGCCUGGGAUAAAAGCGGCUAGCCCGUGAGCCAGCUAGCUUCGUAGCCCGCUGCGGUUGGCCCCUUUAAUGCUCCGUGUUACUGAGGACAUUUGCUGCUUAACCUUCGGGAUCAUCCUGUUAGCGACGCCGUCUGUCCACCGGAAUGCGGCGAUAGAACCGAAGGGCCGGGAGACAGUGAACCCCCAUUAAAGGUGGGUCGAAAGUCGGGCCCCUUGUGUAUUUCUUGCUUUUUCGAUGAGGCCGAGUUGGUGGAGCUGCGUGGAGUUCACUGGACUCUUUGCCGUGGUGCCUUCACUGACCCUCACCAUGAAGAGUGUAUGAGAGUCCCCACAGUUCCCUCAAAUACGCUGCGUCUGUUGUUAUUGACAGCCAGACCAGAGGGUGUUUUGUCUGGUCACGUGUGUACGUUAAACACCACAGUCUGCUCAUUUCCCUUCUUCUCCUGACCGGAAUCGCACUCAGGGACGAGCAUGUCUUUAUUACGUGCCGCACUGCCCGGAAACGAGCGGAACCCGGAUCAUCACACCUCACUGUCCACCAGUCGCUCAGACAAGGGCUCAGGCUGGUCCAGCCGCUCGCUGGGCGCUCGAUGCCGCAACUCCAUCGCACUGUGCUCAGACGAGCAGCCGCACAUCGGAAACUACCGGCUGCUCAAGACCAUCGGCAAGGGCAAUUUUGCCAAGGUCAAACUGGCGCGACACAUCCUCACGGGUAGAGAGGUUGCAAUAAAAAUCAUUGAUAAAACACAACUCAACCCCACAAGUCUACAGAAGCUUUUUCGCGAGGUACGCAUCAUGAAAACCCUCAACCAUCCCAACAUAGUCCAGCUUUUUGAGGUCAUAGAGACUGAGAAGACUCUGUACCUGAUCAUGGAGUAUGCCAGUGGAGGGGAGGUGUUUGACUACCUCGUGGCUCACGGCCGCAUGAAGGAGAAAGAGGCCCGCGGCAAGUUCCGACAGAUCGUUUCAGCUGUGCACUACUGCCAUCAGAAGAACAUUGUUCACAGAGACUUGAAGGCGGAGAACCUGCUGCUGGACGCCAACUCCAACAUCAAAAUCGCUGACUUUGGCUUCAGUAAUGAGUUCAUGGCGGGCAACAAGCUGGACACCUUCUGCGGCUCUCCACCCUAUGCCGCACCUGAACUCUUCCAGGGCAAGAAGUACGACGGCCCCGAGGUGGACAUCUGGAGCCUGGGCGUCAUCCUCUACACACUGGUCAGCGGCUCGCUCCCCUUUGACGGCCAAAACCUGAAGGAGCUGCGUGAGCGUGUCCUGAGAGGGAAAUAUCGCGUGCCCUUCUACAUGUCUACAGACUGUGAGGGAAUCUUGCGCCGCUUUCUUGUCCUCAACCCAUCCAAGCGCUGUUCGCUGGAGCAAAUCAUGAAAGACAAGUGGUUGAACGUGAGCUAUGACGGAGAGGAGCUGAAACCUCACAAAGAGCCCGAGGAGGACUUCGACGACACUGCCCGCAUCGAUGUGAUGGUAGGGAUGGGCUUCACCAGGGAGGAGAUCCGAGAUUCCCUGGUCAGUCACAAGUACAAUGAGGUGACUGCCACGUACUUGCUGCUAGCACGCAAGAGUGAGGUCGAAAACAGUGUGACCCGGUCGGGUAGCAGUCUCAGUCUGGCUCGCGUCAGGCCCGGCGCCAUCGCCAAUGGUACCAGCAAACACUCUACUUCCUCCUCUGGUGCUACUUCUUCCUCCUCAGCCCAGAAGCCACAACGCAGCGUCUCCACCUACCAGCGCCAGAGACGACACUCUGACUUCUGUGGUCCGGCAGCACCCGGGUCGGCUCAUCCCAAGCGAAGCCCUAGCGGUGUGGGAGAAGCAGCUGGGCUCAAGGAGGAGAGGCUCUCUGUCCGUAAACCCAGCAACAAUGCCGUUGGCUCUCGGAGCAUCCCGACACCCUCCAGUCCAAUGGUCAGCUCUGCUCACAAUCCCAACAAAGCCGAGAUUCCCAACAGACGCAAGGAUGCCAACUCUGCCACGAAUAACGUCUCAGCUAGUGGCAUGACACGAAGGAAUACGUACGUGUGCAGCACGGACAGACACUCGUUGCUGCAAAAUGGCAAAGAAAACAGUUCCUUUUCCCACCGGUUGGCCCCCGCCUCUCCCUCCACCCACAGCAUCACCGGCGCGUCGGCUUCGUCGUCCUCCUCGACCUCCAUGCCCUCCUCACGUCUCUUCCGGGGCUCCACGGCCAGGAGCACCUUCCACGGCGGGCAAAUCCGAGACCGGAGGCCGCCCUUAAACAUGGCGCCGGCCUCGCCCACACUGUCGCACGACACCAGCGGCACUCCGCCCAUUGCCAGGACCCCACGCGCCACCAGCAACCUGCUCAGCAAGCUCACCUCCAAGUUGACCCGCAGGGUCACUCUUGACCCUUCUAAGCGUCAGAGUUCAAACAAAUCCGUGUCAGGCUGCAACCUCCCGCAGGCCACAAAUACAGUUAGGUCACAGACGAACCUGAGAGAAUCAUCAGAUCUCCGGUCACAAGUGUCUCAGGCUAAGAGCAGCAGUCGCCAUCUAUCUGGGCAUCAGAAAGCGUCCGAGCAGCCCCGGACCCCCCGAUGCGGCUGGGAUGUGAGGGUGCGCAGCCCCCGUGACCCGGCCGAGGUGGUCCUGGCUCUGCGGGAGGCGGCCCAGGGUUCCGGCUGCCAGGUGCACCUGGCGGGCCCCUUCCUGUUGUCCUGCACGCACGGAGCAGCCGGCGCCCGCGUGGCCUUUGAGGCCGAAGUGUGCCAGCUGCCCGGCGGGCCGGCGCAAAGCAGCGGUGUGCGCUUCAAGCGCCUCUGGGGGGCGCCGCUCGCCUUCAGGGACAUCGCCACCAAAGUGUCCAAGGAGCUGGAGCUCUGAGGGCUGCGUGCGGGGACUAAGUCUGUAAUGAUGGAAGAAGAAGAGGGCGCAAACUCCUUCCGGUGCGUCCGCCAAAGACCCUCAUUCUGUGUCCCACCUUGAACUGCUGUAAACAAACAAAAAGAGAACUGCACACACACACACACACACACACACACAAUUUAUUUCAUCAUGUUUGACUGAUCAGCUACCAACGAGUGUUAGGACCACAUUCAAAACAACAACAAAAUACUCAUUAUACAACCACAAAAAAAUUCAAUCGUAGGAGACUAAAGUCAUAUUUUUCCAGGAAAAAAAAGGAAUCUCAUGGGAAUACGCAAAUUAUAUUAAAGGACAGAAAUAUUGUAUUUUUCCAAGAAAGAAACAAUUUCUUGAAAUAAAAAAAGACAAUAAUUUGGGUAUUGUCAUAGGUUUUUUUGAGAAAUUAUGACAUAAUCGCAAGUGAAUUUAAAAUGUAAAAAAACAAUAAAAUAAAGUUUAGACAAUUCAGAAUUUUAUUAGAAUAUUGUAUUCUUUCUUGGAGGAAAAAAAAUCUGAUUUUUUGGGUGAGAAAAUAGAAAUACUGAGAAUAAUGUUUGUUGCGGGAAAAGAAAAUUGUAUUUCUUUGAAGAAAAUUUUAUUUUAGGAAAGAAAAACAAGUCAUCUUUGGAUAAUAAAAUCGUUUUCUUUUUUUUUUUUUUAGAAGAAGAAAGGUUUUUUUUUUUUUUUUAUCGCAAAACUUGAGAAUAGUCCUUGUUUUGAGAAAAACAAAAGGAUUUGUUCAAGAAAGCCUUAAGAUUGCUCUAAUAAAGUGUUGGUUUCAGGAGGGAAAGUCAUGUUUGUCAGAAAAGAAUUCCCAUUUAAAAUGACUUUUUCUUCAUAAAAUUUCUACUUUAAUCUUAUGUUAUUCUUUCCUCAAAAAAAUAACUUUAUUCUCAAUGAGAUUCCCCCCCCCCUUCCACACACACACACACAAAAGAGACUUAUAAUUAUGUAAAAGGCAGCACAGUGGAAGUGGUUAGCACAACCUGCCUCACAGUUCUGAGGACCCAGGUUAAAAUCCGGCCGCGCCUGUGUGGAGUUUGCAUGUUCUUCCCGUGCCUGCGUGGGUUUUCUCCAGGCACUCCGGUUUCCUCCCACAUUCCAAAAACAUGCAUGGUAGGUUGAUUGAAGACUCUAAAUUGCCCGUAAGUGCAAAUGUGAGAGCCAAUGGUGGGUUGGUUUAUAUGUGCCCUGCGAUUCGCUGGCAACCAGUUCAGGGUGUACCCCACUUCUCACCCGAAGAUAGCUGGGAUAGGCUCCAGCACGCCCACGACCCAAGUGAGGAGAAGCGAAACGGAAAAUGGAUGGAUGGAAAAUGAUGUAAGAUCCCAACUUUAUUCUGGUCAUAUAUUUUUUGUUCGUUUCAAUGUGGCCCUAAUACUUGUUCAUAUUUAGGUAUGAUAUUUUAUUUUCAAAUAGAUUUCUCAUCAUUCCUUUUUGAAGCACUGCUAUUUAUGGUCACAUUUAUCAACUUUAUUGAUAAAAAGCACGGACAGACAGCAAACAUUGUGUGUAGCAGGUCCUGAGGUAGCAAUGAUGUACUCUGACCGCCAACUUCGAGAGGGUAACAUUCAGUGAACACAGUUCUACUCUCACCCUCGCAAAUACAGUACUUCCUCUUCCUAUUGUAGUUUUGUUUUGUUUUGUUGUUUGCUGAGUGGGAUGGAUUUCACGGUUCACACUCGCACACCUUUGGCCACCUAGCAUCGCAAUGUUAGCAUUCAAUUAGAAUUUAACAAAUCUGCAAAGUUUACCUUUUUGCGUUAAUGAUAUUCCAUCAUCGUCAAUCCAAGCGUCCAAUUGGACUUUUAUGAUGUAUUUGUUGAUAAAUGCCUUUCGCUACCUAGCAUCGCAAUGUUAGCAUUAGCAUACAAAUGCUGUUUAACAUUAAAAAUAAAUAUUGGAUGUAAUUUUCUGUCAUUGUCUUAAAGCUGAGAGCAAGCAUCCACCCAAAUUUCUGCGAUGUACUUAUUGGUUAAAGGUCCCAUAUUUUACUAAACCAACUUUUUCUCGUAUUUGGGAUGUUAUAUUGGCUCUAUGGUGCCUCAGUAAAUAUUUUAAACAUGGAUUAAAAUCGUCCCAGCAUUCCAGAGACGUUUUUCUGCUGAGAGGCCUGAAAUCGGGUCAUCCUAAUUUCUCAAGCUUAUCUACGUCAAUAGCGAAGAUCUCCGCCUAUCUCUCCGCCCCCCAACCAGCGCUGUCAACAUUACAUACGUUUGCGCUCACAAGUAGUGUGGGUUGGGUCUUUUACACGGAAGCAACCAAUCAGAGGAAAGGGGGUGGUCUUAGCCAAAUAUGGACAAAGCAGAUACAAAACUGUGUCAAAUAGUAGUAGCUGCCAGAGGGGGCUUUUCUGGACUCUAGUAUAACAAAACCAAGGUGUUUUUUUGAAAUUAAAUUGACUUUUUAUACUAAGUCCAUGUUAGAGAGUCACUCUAUGAACCUUUAAUGCUCGUACAUCUUUGGCUACCUAGCACUGCAACGUUAGCAUUAACACACAAAAGCUGUAAAAUGUAAAAAUAAAUUAUAAAAAAAAAAAAAAAUGGGACAAAAUAUUCCAUCAUCUCCAA